GGAUACACUGUUGCUGAGUCUAGACACCGGAAGAACCUUACAGGCGGCGACUCACAGUUCUAGCACUGCCUAGGAGAUCGUGGUGGCCCCAGCUCAGAAUCUGCAGAAGUGCACAGCUCUAUCCACACCACUCAGGGUAUGGAGCCUCUGGACCAGUGUAGCCAGUAUAUCACCAGCUUGCUCAGCCCUGGAGUCGACGACGAGAAAGAACUACAGGAUAUGAAUGCUGUGGUGCUGUCGCUUACUGAAGAGGUCAAAGAGGAGGAAGAGGAUGCACAGCCUGAGCCUCAGCAAGGCACAGCAGCAGCAGGAGAAAAGUUAAAGUCGGCAGGAGCCCAAGGCGGAGAAGAAAAAAAUGGCGGCGGUGCAGGAGCUCCUGGCCACCUAUGGGAAGGAAACCUCGAGGGCACUAGCGGCAGCGAUGGCGACGAUGAGGACAGCGACCAGAGCGAGAAGGAACCUGGUCAGCAGGAUUCGCUCACACAGGGCGCCACCGCGGGGCUGGAGCCUGGCAAUGCGCAGCAGCCCAACGUCCACGCCUUCACCCCAUUGCAGCUGCAGGAGCUGGAGCGCAUUUUCCAACGCAAGCAGUUCCCCAGUGAGUUCCUGAGAAGGAGGCUGGCAAGAAGCUUGAAUGUGACUGAACUCGCAGUGCAGAUUUGGUUUGAGAAUAGAAGAGCCAAAUGGAGGAGACAUCAGAGGGCAUUAAUGGCGAGAAACAUGCCGCCCCUCAUGGUAGUGGGCCAGCCUGUCGUGGUAACCACAGUUGAGGCCAUAAUGGCACCCUUGUCCAUCAGUGGGAUGACAGAUGGUUACUUCUGGGGCCACAGCCAUUCCAGCAGCCUGUGUUUCCCCAUGCCACCCUUUCCUCCUCUGUCCUUGCCCCUUCCACUCAUGUUUCUUCCACCUAUGCUUCUUCCACCUAUGCCACCCCCUGGUCAGGCCCAAUUUGGCCCGUUCCCUUUUGUUAUCGUGCCUUCUUUCACAUUUCUCAAUGUCUAAGGGAUAGCCUCUGUGCCACUUUUUGCCAGAGUGUCUUUGAGCCAGAUUCAUAUUUUGCAUAGCACUCCAUCCAAAGUAGUUCAUCAAAUGUCUAUUAAAUGUUUUAAAGAAAAGUACAUCAUUGACCCAUUUUUAGGGCACUUUUAAAAAUGUUUCUAUAAAUAUGUGAAGGGUAUGUACAUUUGUUUUGUGUGUCACAUGGGGUCAGUAAGUUCUGAAUAAAAAUUGUUAAAUGCCAUUCAAACCGAAUGUCACGGACUCUCCUCUCAUGCAGUAAUCUUGAAUCACCAUCUAGGGGCUGUGCAUGUCACAGAAGUUUCCCAUGUGCCCACGGCAGGCUUACACCGACCCACACAUUCUCUUCCACCCCCACCCCCAACACCCCAUAUUCAUCUCCUCUCUGCCCCAUUGAUACCAGGUACAUGUGCAGGAUGGGGUGGUGUGAGUCCCUAAUGAGAGAAUAGUGUGUUUCAAGUUACUGCCAGGGUGGAAAACAGCAAAACCAAAAUGGUAUCGGGAAGGAAGCCAUGCCCACUCUUAAAAAUUCAUUAAGUUUUUUCUUGCUAUGGAAGACUUCUUUAAUUUUCUUUUAAAAGUGUAAAUGUAAAUAAUGCCAUGAAAUUAUACACUUAUUUAAUGGCUAAAGUGGCAAAUUUUUAUAUGGUUUACCACAACAAAAGAAAAGAAAAAAUAUACCAAAAAGUUUUUAAAAAGUGAUCAUGAACAUUGUGGUCAUCCUGUGAAGUGAUUGCAAUGCCUGCAGAUAAGGAGUCAUGGUUACAACAAUAUUUUCUCUGAAAAUUAUUUGAUGGCCAGUUUCAUAAUGAUUAUGUUUUCAGCCUGAAGGAAAAUUCUUCUUGGGUGAGCAUUUUCUUGGGUGAGCAUGAACUUUCUGUCAGGCUGUCUGCUGCUUUUCAUUCCCCACUUCUCUCCUCACAAUUGUGGGUGUCAAGCUUCAGCCACGCAAUUGCAUUUGGUGUGAGGGUUUUGCAAGGAGAAGGAGGUUUAUUCAUACCCCUGAAGCCACAAGCCUUGGUGGGAAUAAGGAAAGUCCAUGAAUUCACUAUGCAUUAAUGCAUGCCUCUUGGCCAAGUGGAUUCUUUUUUUUUCUUCUCCGAUUGAGAUUUUCCUUUUUUUUUUUUUUUUUUUUGCUAUUGUUCUCAUUGUAUUGUGCUUUGUAUAAUUAUUUACAGUAAGUCGUGCAUGUCAGUGUACAUUCAGUCUGGAAACUGUUUCCAUUUGGUACAUUUUGUGCCAGUCGGUCUAUUCCUGCUCAUUAUUUUAUUUUUUCUACAUUCAGACUGAAACAUUUGGUAGCCUAGAGAUACUCAGAAAUAGGCAAAGAAAGGUAAAAGGGGAGGAGGGGAGAUUGAAGUCAUACUUCCAUUAUCCCUCCCCGUGGUUAUCAGAUUCAUAAAAUUUUUACACCAUCAAAAGACAUUUUUAGCCAUAUAUGUUUCCUUUAUAUAGAAAAUGAGAUCUCCUAUACUCAGUUGGCAUUUGUUUUCAUGUAUCUGGUAAGUACCUCCUAGAAUUAUAGCUCAAGACGUUGUCUAGCUCUGGUAACCUAGAUUCUGAACUUCAAAGCAGAGUUCUUGUACCUUAAGAAAUUCAAAUUCAUAGAAUUACAGUUAGGAUGUCAUUUACUGACCUUGAACAACACAUUGUUUAGGUAGCAUACAAUGGGACUAGUUCAAGGGGCUGGGUGGAGAACAAGUUACAAUUUUUUCUGAUGGGGAAUAUUAUUGGAGACAGUACCCUUUAAAACUUUCAUUCCCUUUUUAUUAGCAGCUAACGUCUUGUAUGCCUUUACUAUGUGACAAGCAAUAAAAUAAUUUCCUUGGAUGAUUUUGUUUGAUGCUCAAAUGAAUCCUAAUAGUGAGGUUCUAGCAUCUUCAUUGAAAGAAGAGGAAAGUUAUCCAUGGUCCAAAGCUAAUCAGAGGAACAGGAUCUGAAGCCAAGUUUGUCUGCCUCCAGAGCCCAUGCUUUGUCAAGUUUAAUUCAGCGGUGGUGCACUGGGAUGCCACAGUUAGGGCAAUCUGGCUUCCAAUCCCAGAUGUGCCACUUCCCAGCUGUUUCCCCCGGGCAUUUUACUUAAGCUCUGUAGUUUCAUUAUUAUUCUCUAUAAGAUGAUAAUAUUAUAUCACAGAAUUGAUGAGAGGAAUAAAUAACAUAUGUAAGUGGCCUUCCACAAUGCCCAGCCACAGAGUAAGCACACAGAAAUGUUUUCUACUAUUAUUCUAUAUUAUCUCCUAUCAUCAUAUUAUUAUAACCUGUUGUCCCACCUUUCCUAUGUGGUAUAACAGAAAGAGACCCAAUUAAAAAUAAGGUGGUCUGGGUUCUUGCUGCAGCUCUACGCUGUCUUUGUUACCUUGAAUGAGUCGCUUAACCUACUAUAUCUCUGUUGUCUCAUGUGUUAGGCCAUUCUUGUUUUGCUAUAAAGAAAUGCCUGAGGCUGAGUAAUUUAUAAAGAAAAGAGGUUUAGUUGGCUCACAGUUCUGUAGGCUUAACAGGAAGUGUGAUGCUGGCAUCUGCUUCUGGUGAGGACCUCAGGAAGCUUACAGUCAUGGUGGAAGACAGAUUGGGAGGAGGCAUCUCACAUGGUGAGAGCAGGAGCAAGAGAGUGGGUGCGGGAGGUGCCACACACUUUUAAACAACCAGAUCUUGUGAUAACUCGCUCACUAUUGCAAGGACAGCAUCAAGCCAUGAGGGUUCCACCCCCAUGACCCAAACACGUCCCAACAGGCCUCACCUCCAACAUUGGGGAAAAUAAGGAUUACAUUUCAACAUGAGAUUUGGGCAGAGACAAAUAUCCCAACCAUAUCAUCUCACCUAUAGAAUCAUGACGGUAAUAACAUGACUCAUGUAUUUGGAGUAGGUUUAGUGGUAAAAGUUUAUCAGGCAUAUUUCAAAAAAUCAGAAAAAAUAGGAAUGAAUGCCUUACGAAAAAAAUCAUUUCACGCAUUGUUUUCUAGAGUGUGGAGAGUACCAUUCAUGUUUAUAUGCAUGCUCGACCCCAUUUUCCCAGAUCAACAAUUCCUGUUUGUCCUUUCUUGACAGAGAAAAGGAAUCAAAUGAAGUGAAUAAUAUGGAGACGAAUUUUUUAAAGUGAGCAGAGUGGAUGUUUGUAAAGGCUUUUCCAUGUUUUGGCUAUGAUAAUGAUACUGUGGCUGUCUGUAUAAAAAGGGUGUAUCAUUUAAACAUGCCCUGAAAUAGUUAAUGAUG